ACGGCAGAGGAGGGUGAGGAAAAUGGCGCCGAGCUCGAAAUCGGAGCGGGGCGCCGCCUCGGGAGGGAAACGGGGCUCGGCGGAGUUGGGGCGCGGGGCUCGGCGGGAGCACGUCAUACGGCAGCUGGAGCGCAUCAAGAUCAGUGGUCAGUUGUCACCUCGUCUCUUUCGUAAGCUGCCACCCAGAGUUUGUGUGUCUCUAAAGAGCAUUGUUGAUGAACAUUUCCUAUGUGCAGGACACAUUUUCCUUGGGUUCUCUAAGUGUGGGAGAUACGUCUUGUCUUAUACCAGCAGCAGCGGAGAUGACGAUUUCUCUUUUUACAUCUACCAUCUCUAUUGGUGGGAGUUCAACGUUCACAGCAAACUAAAAAUGGUCCGCCAAGUCCGAUUAUUCCAGGAUGAAGAAAUCUACAGUGACCUUUACUUGACUGUAUGUGAAUGGCCCAGCGAUUCCUCCAAGGUCAUCGUUUUUGGUUUCAAUACCCGUUCAGCCAAUGGCCUCCUGAUGAACAUGAUGAUGAGUGAUGAAAACCAUAGAGAUAUCUACAUCAGCACCGUAGCUAUGCCUCCUUUUAUGUACUGUCCCAGUUGCCGGGACAUGGCCAUUACACAUCCAGGUGACCCGAAUGCCAAAUGUUUGCAGCAUGGAUUCAUGCUGCACAUGAAGUACCAGGUGGUGUACCCUUUCCCCACAUUUCAGCCAGCAUUCCAACUCAAGAAGGACCAAGUGGUGCUGCUGAACACCAGCUAUUCUCUAGUUGCCUGCGCUGUUUCUGUGCAUAAAUCAGAUGACAGCAACUUCUGCCAAAUUCUCUAUGACAGGAGUCGCCAGACCCGGGCCCCUGUUGUGGAAGUGAACCACGCAUCCCUUAUCACACAUUGCCCUGAAGGCUUAGAGAAAGGGUUGGAAAAAGACCACUGCUCCUGCCAGAGCGAGACUCCAUUAACGCAGCCUCUUGCGGUACCUCCCCACGACAUAGAUACCCACGUUUCACCCGCUGUAGCUAUGGCAAAGGAAUUUGUCGCAGACAUCUUCCGAAGGGCCAAGGAAGCCAGAGGCAGCGCACCCAUAGAAGAAGAAGCAGCAGCAGCAGGCAAGGGACUCAAGUGCCUCCUUGACUCUGGGGCUCUGGGCCAGGAUACUUUAAGCUCUUGGGAUCUGAGGAAGACUUUGGAAUCUUGCUUACAUGGCAGUGUGGCUCAUAGUUCUGCAUCGUCUACUGGAACCGGUAGCACUUCUGAUAUAGAGAGCUCCCCCAAAGAAUCUUUCGUAGCCAAUUUUGAACUGGAAAGUCUGCCAGCUGAGCCAGGCUACGUGAACUAUACCAAACUGCGUUACGUCCUGGAGCCCAACGAUUCUUCCGAGACAGAGGAUGAAUAUGAGGAUGACAAAAUCUCCUUGCCAUUUGUUGUGACAGACCUCCUAGGAAGAAAUUUGAAGCUCUUGAAGGAGAAGGCUGUUUGCGAGGGCCAAUAUUUAACAGUGGAGCAGCUGACUUUGGAUUUUGAAUAUGUUAUUAAUGAAGUGAUUCGAAAUGAUGCUUCAUGGUCCAAGCAGUUUUGUUCCUUCAGUGACUAUGACAUUGUCAUCUUGGAGGUAUGUCCAGAAACCAAUCAAGUCAUCAUCAAUAUUGGACUCCUACUGCUUGCAUUUCCUUCUCCAGAUGAAGAGGGACAGCUCAGACCAAAGACAUAUCACACCAGCCUCAAAGUGGCAUGGGAUCUGAAUACUGGCAUCUUUGUCACUGUCAGUGUAGGUGAUCUCACAGAAGUCAAAGGGCAGCCCAGUGGCAGUGUGUGGAGCUCCUACCGGAAAAGCUGUGUGGAUAUGGUAAUGAAGUGGCUUGUACCAGAGAGCAGUGUUCGCUACGUCAACCGAAUGACCAAUGAAGCCCUUCACAAAGGUUGCUCAUUAAAAUUCCUAGCAGAUAAUGAGCGGUACACAUGGAUUGUCUUAUGAGAUCUGGCUCAGAAGCAAAACUUACACAACAGUUGUUCAUUUUUUUGCCAUAACUGUAUGUCCAAUUCAACUACCUCCUUGUUAAAACAUUUUUAAUUUUCCCAUUUCUUUUAGUAGAUGUUGCCAAGAGGAUCUUGGAUACAUUAGCUUUUGUGAAUAGAAACAUCCUCUUCUUCCUUGUUGCUGUUGUGGGAGGGGUGGGGGUUGUAUGUGAAAAGGCGAGGUUGCUUGAGACUCUGAAAAACACACUUUUCCUUGCAGAUUAGGAUUAUUGUUUAAGAUGGCUCAACUUCAGUUGAUUUAGAAAAAGCAGAAAGUAGCUGUUUAACCUUCUAUAGCAGUGUUUCUCAACCUUGGCAACUUGAAGAUGU